AUGCAGCGUGGCGACGCGGGGACGGCCACCGGCACCGGCUACGAGCCUCGUAGUGCCGCAUCCAAUACUACUGGACGUCCAGACUUGCGGUGGGGUCGUCUGACCUUCGCCCAGCUGAGAGACGAGGAAUUCCUGGCCAAACAACUGAGACGCAUCGAAAUUACGCAAGGCGCCCGUCGAACAGGUCGUUCAGCACAUAAUGAGACGGCGCUCUCAGUGCCGGACAGGACCAUCCGUCAACGGUUGCUUGCGGCACAGACGAAAGCGGCCCGAAGGGUGUCGGAAGACGACGAACUCGACGCGAAAGAGGACACGACGACGGAUGCAGCCACCGACAAUGAAGACCGGAAUGAACGGGAGCUCACGAACGCGCUGUGUGUGCUCGGACGCCUCCGGCAGCCAGAACUGGCCGCCGUCAUGGUAGCCGACCUAAAACAGGCACUGCGUUGGGUCUGCACGUUCCCGAAUCCAAUCUACCAGCUAAUCGCCUUACGUCGUCAAUUAAUGAAGAGCAUGCACGAGGCGGUAGCUGCUCAGCAUCGACACUGGAUAGCAGCAGUUCAAGUGAAUAUAUCCAUCGUGAAAAGCUUGGAGAACACUGUACUACCGCCGGAUACUGUAGAAGACCCGGUCGGCCUUUUUGGACCAACCAAACCUAAGGACAAAGUGACGAGGGAAGCAACACUAGGCAUCCAAGUGCUCGUGUCUUUACUGAACGACUUACACGAUGCUACAGUGACUCAAAGACGCGAGUUUCUUGAAGAUCUACUGCCAUUUCUACGCUCCGUGGGCUUUCUAGCUCUCUGUUCAAGACGACAUAGUGGUACCGUUCGGGGCUCAUCACGCAGUAUGGCUACAUGUUCACCCGAAGCUGAGAUCUCGGAGUUUACGGACAAGAUCCAGCGUUUCUUGCUGGAUAUGUGUCCACGCUCCUAUACACUCCCUACGACGUCCCCCAAACUACCGGCUAUCUCGUCUGGAAACACGGAACAGGAUGUAAUGGACCGUACUAACGCAGUGAAUGGCUUGAUCCACCUUGCCGCAGCCACAGGCUCAAUUAGAGACUUCUUAGUGGUCCUUAAAGUGCUUCUCGGUGUUAACAACAACGCGUCCGAGUCGAUGAAAGAUCUACGACUUUCGUCACGUUCGCUACUCACGUCCUCCGUCCCGUCACUCAGAACUGUGCGCAGUGAGGAGCUCCUCCCUAAUUCCAAACGAGAAGACGAUUUGACGCAGAUACACUUUAAACCUGGAGCGUCUUGUCCGUAUUCCAAUAAACCACAAACGGAAAUCUUGGGAGAUAGCACGACGCAGGAAACGUUUAAGAAAAAAACAUUGAAAGGGGUCAAAACGAGUGCUCAUACUGUGAGUCUCGCAAUGCAUCAUCGACUGCUGUACAGUAGUCCAGGCAACAACCUCGUGAAUAUACAGAGGACAAAGGAAGAGCUCAAGGACGCGUUGGUGAUGAACGCAAGUCUGUCGCUGGAUAUGACCAAGAUGAGGGACUCGACUAAGAGUGACACGCCAGUCCUUACCGCGAGGUGUCCGAAAUUUCGAACGCUCAACGUCCAGUGCGUACUUGUAGAGCUGGACCGUGUCAAAGCUUCUGUACCGACACGAGGGAAACCACCGAACGCGUUUGUGUCGAAUGAUACGACGAUAUUCCACGAAGACGAGGGCGAACGAGAAGUCUGGAGCUGUGGACAGAAUUCGUACGGAGAACUCGGACAUGGAGACACGGCGUCACGGAAAUCUUUCGAGCGGAUCCAGGCACUUCAACAGAAGGAAAUUAUUCAGAUCGGCGCUGGGAACGAACACACGGUCGUGUUGACUGCAGACGGCAAAGUUUUCACGUGCGGGUAUAACGACAAUGGCCAAUGUGGACAAGGAGGGACCGCUCGAGUGAGUCAUUUAAGCGAAAUUCCAAAGAUGGACAGUGGGAGUUCUCAAGCUCACGCGUACAAUGGAUGCGAACAUACAAUUCUAGUCAGUACGGAUGGACGGGUAGCGACGUGUGGGUACAACUAUCGUGGCCAAUUGGGGCACGGCAACACGACAAGCGAAAGUGUUCCGAAGAUUAUUCGAAGUCUGGAGAAUAAAAUUGUACGACUGGUGUCGUGUAGCUAUUACCAUACUGUGCUGGCCUGUGAGGACGGAAAUCUGCAGAAUCUGUACACUUUUGGACGCAACGACUACGGCCAAUUGGGUCACAAUGACUCCAUUGAUCGUAAAAUUCCUCAAUUCGUCGAAGCUUUGAGUGACCAACAAAUCGUUUCGGUCGCAUGUGGACAAUACCACACGAUGGUGGUCACAGCUAGUGGUAAAGCCUUCGCUUUUGGGAAAAAUGAUUACGGUCAAUUGGGUAUUGACACUAUGGAGAACCAACUCGCUCCUGUACAGGUACGAGGCGGCUUGGAACGCCAAGAAUGUCUGGAGAUUCGAUGCGGGUAUUACCAUACGAUAGCUCUCUGUAGUGGGGCGCAUUUGUUCGCCUUUGGGCGGAAUGACUACGGCCAACUCGGUCUGGGUCGCUCGAAUGCGAGCUCGACGAGUAAUCUCCAGCUUCAGCAGCAGAGAUUCUCGAAUGCGAGGUUAAUUGACGAGUUAGAAGGGAAAGAUAUCGUCCGUAUAGCAUGUGGAUGUUACCAUACAAUCGCUGUCUCGGAUAACGGCGUAAUGUACGUUUUCGGGCGUAAUAACCACGGCCAAUUGGGUACAGGGGAUACGACUGAACGGGUGUACCCAUUUCCUAUUGACGAUUUUGUGGGGAAGAGAGUCGCGUUGGUUGCUGCCGGUUUUUACCACACUGUAGUCCUUACGGGAGGGAAAGAGGACGACAAGAACGAGCGAGAUUCGGGAAAUGAAAAGGAAGAGCUAGCGGCGUGUUUCUCUUCUCCACGACUUCAGAUGUACAUGAUCCUGGCAACUCUGCGCAUUCUCCAAGCGAAUCUGUCGCAAAUGUUACGAUCCGGCCUGGCCAAGACAGUCAUCUUAGUCUCUUCAGACGCCACGUCACGUAACACUGAGCUAGUGCGUAUGCGCGUAGCAAUUCUUCAAGUUCGUGACGUGUUACUAUCGCUCGUUGACCUCAAAAGUCGACGGAAUGUUUGUAACAUUCUCGAAAAUUCACCAAAUGAAGGCGAACAUGUCGGUAGAAUUGCGGAAGACGCUGUGGCCACGUUGAUGCAGGGAUUUGAGCUCUUCUUCCCGUGUCAAUGUCUUCAGCGUCAGUUCUGUAUGCACACGAUGCACGAGCUCGCAAGAGACAACCCGGAACAUUCGUGUGGCCUGCUUUGUCGACGUGAUCUGUGGCUUAUUGAUAAGUUACCGAAGUCGAAAUCGCUGCUACUUGAGCCGCUUUUAAGGAGACUGACGGAAGAUUCGCUAAUUGUCCGGUUUUUACCUUUGAUAUCUGCUGUUCCGCAAGAGAAUAAAGACGUUAGAACGUCGAUAAUAACUGAAGUGUAUCAAGUUCUUCUCGAACGUAUCGCUGCCGAUUUCUCAAGACGGUUAGGAGACGUAGUAGCUGACGUUAACCCACGACAAGAAGGCACGUUAAGAGCGUUCUUUGACACCCUCGCUUGCCUGCAGAAACAUCUCUCUAGUUGGGCUGCAAGCACUCCGGAGUGGACUUUAAAAGAGGACCCAAAGGCACAACUCGUUGCUGGUAUUGAAGAGCGUGUAGCUGCUGUGGUUGAUCGAGUAUUUCGUGUGGAUGAACACGAUUUGGAUCGUGUUCCGCGGUCCUGGCGUUGCUUCAUUGAGUUCGUAGUUGCAGCUUUAGGACAAUGCUGCGAAGUGCUAGGCCAGGUAUGUUCCAUGGAGACGAUGCCUAGUCCAACGAAUGGGUACGCAAGCUUCGAAUGUGGGGAUGAGUCCUUACGCGGGAAGGUAUUGGAGACUAUGGAACAUUCGAUUGCUGGCCAGUUUUUACCACUACUAGUGCAAGAUAGCGACGCGCAACAAGCCGAGAAAGAUUUUGUGGAGACGAUGGGCUCUUCUUUACAUUCUCGAUCGUCAGAGAAAGAAAGUUACGGCACUGGUAACUUUCGACGUAAGAGCGAAAGUAAAUUACUUACGGAGGAUCAAACGGCAAGAAAAGGAGUGUCAGCGUCCGAUGCGAUGACGAUGCCGUGGCUCUACCGACUGGAAAAAGAGCUGGCUGUACUGACAGCUGAGAUGGCAGUGACGCUAGUGAGUGGAGACCCGUAUUUUACUUACCAGGGCGACCACAGUACCACGAAACUUUCAGCUCGUUGGCUAACGAGCUCGUUACUCAGAGGUGGCUUGAACGCCAACUACCUGACGCAAAAAAUCACACAAACGGACCCACAGCGGUCGCAACAGGGUCGAACGGUUAAACACACGCCGUUCCCAGUACUGGCAGCACCUCUGGGACUUAAUACUCCACCGUUCUCGUUAAUACUCCCUCCAGCGUCGGAAAACGACGAUAUUACCCCAGACUGGCAACAACCUACGGAUAUAAACUACGGAGAGAUAUUUCGACCUGCUUCCGUUCACAAAUUCCUGAUUUUGCUUCAACAAGGAACAAAUUCCGAGACCCAAAACGAAGUGAAGUUGUGUGACUGGGUGCGAGAUAGCUACGCAAGGAAAGACCCGUCAUAUCGAAUGAUCUUGCGACAGUCUCAACUCUCCAAGGCUUCUACGCACUCAGUAAAUGACACGCAGAUAGAGGCGGCGUGCUUCGCAGCACUGCUUCAUCACAACAUGCUCGGCACUCAGGCGUAUCACUUCGCUUUGGGAUUUAGAAAUACUACGCAGAAUCGAUCUUCCCCUCGAAGUUUCAUGCGUUUGUGGCAGUUUGUUGCUCAGUUGCGACGACGUGUGGCCACUAAGAAGACGGAGAUCAAGAAUCUGCCCCAGAAAGACUCGGAUUUAAGCGCUUUGGAUCGCAUUUCUGCUCUUCAACAAACGAUUCUGGAUCGAUGUAACCUUCUGCUAUUUCUAAAUGUCCACGAAGAGCAAGAACACAGGAAUCUUCAGCUAGAUGCCGGCUACAUCGCACCAUAUGAUCCAGCGUUCCUCGUCUCUGCCAGUUCGACUUUUAGCGUCUCUUCUUCAUCCGUUAAACGGCAUCUUCACGCUACAUACACGGACGAGAAAUCGCCCUUUCUGGUCGCGUUCCCAACGUCCAAAUGGAGACGAAUACGGACAAUUGUUCACACGAUUAUUCGCUGGAAAUCUGCUGCUACAGAUCUCCAAACGAACCGACAAAAUCAUGUUUCUCAGGAAGUGCUGGCCUAUAUUUUGUCGGACGAGCGCGUGUCUUCUACGGACGCAAUCCGAACGCUACUGGUCGAUCCGUGUCGACGUGUUAGUUGCUCGAUUCGAGGCCUUGAAACACUGUGGGAACUCCUCACUAUGGUCUCGUUUGACUCGAUCCAAACCGACGUUGUUUAUCAGAUCUCACAGGUUUUUGUGUUCCAAUCGUCGACUCCACUGCUCGCAUCCCACAACGCUGGAUACUUCUACUCGAGUCUAAAGAAUGAAACCUUUUACGAGUUUAUCGGACAGUUAACUGACAUGAUAACCGACAAGGCUGCAAAGCUGAUAAACUCGGGAGACCCCGACGGUACCAGUUCGUUCUGGGUCGUUAUUAUGCUGCUGAGUGUGUGGGGGAUUCACUUCAAUGAGGAGCAAUUCGAAUUUGUGAGUGACAUAGGAAUUCUCGGCGUUAUUCAAGAAAUGGUGCAGCAGCUUUCGAAUAAAAAUUGUGACGCGAACGGAGGACCACAAUCUGCUCAAUUCAUCGUAAAAAAACAGCUCUCGCGACUAAAAGAGACGUUGUGGGUUCUGUUCAGGUAUAUCUGCGCUCACUUCGCAGUACAAAACGCAUCAAGCGGAGAUAUCUACGUCCCCACGUUCCCUGUAUUGUCGGGUGUAACACGGUUAUUAUAUAGUGAAGCCGUCUCGAUCUCGAAUCGAUUCUUGCCUCUACAACUCGCUGUGGAUAACGUGAAGCCGAUCGAAUCAAAUCUCACAGUUCCUGUGGCCGUACGUAGGAGUUUUGAGGUCAUUACGUCGCCGCAACGAUUCUCCGCUCAGAGUAAAGGAGUGACGUGCAGCUACGAUGACAUGAUCUCUGCUUCCGAGACGACUACAGCUAUGUCUCCGUUACUUAAACCGAAUGAGUUUAGUGUCACGACGUGGCUUUUUGUUAACAGCCAGUCGGGUACACGAACGGAUAAUGAUCUUUUUGACGUGUCUGAUACCCCGCAAGACCGUCAAUUGAUAUUUAUUCGAGGUGCUGUACGUGAGAUAUCGCUGUACUUACUACUCCUACCUGAAAGCUCUGGUAAUUGGCAACUAGAAGUGGGCAUUCUCAUGGAUAUAGACCGAGAAGGAGACGCUGGAGAGCUGCCUAUUAAGGGCCGAAUAUGGGAGAGAAUGAUGUCGAAACAAGGCGUAGCAAGCGGGAAAUGGGUCCACGUGGCGAUAGUGUUAGAAGCCAUGAAAAUACGCCUCUAUUUGAACGGUAUUCUCGACUGUCAACGCUCGUUAGUAGCGCAAAGUACUGCUAUAUGGGCGGCUGGGAACGUGGAUCUUCCGCUUCAUUUCGGAAGAUUCCCAAUGACGCAAACUACGUCCUCAGUCUCUUCGGCUAUUGGCUUUCUGUCACGCUCACUUGGGAUCAUGAAAGGCGUUCACUGGGACUCCGGAAUGAAUAUUCCGGAUCACACAUCAGGCGCGUUCCGGUGUUUCGACGGCUGGUUGAGCCACUUCCGCUUCCACAAUCGCUCGUUGUCUCCCAUCCACGUUCGCAUCGUUUACGACGAGAAGAAAACUCCUUCUGGACUUUGUGAACGGGACGAUGACCACUCGAAACUCGUGGAGUUGCACGCUUUACUCAUCCUACUCAGCACUUCAUCUGAAGGAAUAAUUCACUUCCGUUCCCAAUUUUACGAUUGGAUGAAGCUCAUUUGGGCGGCUUUUCAGAAAUUCGAACGGUUCUGUCGCUCGAGUAUCAUGCAUCCAACUCAGCUCAAAAUUUUCCCGAGACCCCGUCCGAUACAAGAUGCCCGCCACAAAUUGACACCCUAG